AUGAAUAGGAUUCAGAAAUUACUAUUCUCAGAAUACAGUGAACUUGAAGAACUCGUUUUGUUAGAAAGCCCUUUCGCAGAAACCGAGAGGAACGGUAACGCCAUACGUCAGGUUCAGUUAGGACUGACUCCAAGAAAUCUCAUUAUUGCUGGAGAUAUGAUCACACCUGCAGAUGAGGUGGAAAUCGGUUAUUGCUUGGGACUAGAUCCAGAAAUUGAAACACUGGAACUAAUUUCUAUUAUACCAGUUGAGUGUGUUAAUCUUAGUGUUUUCAGCAGAAGGAAAAGGCGUACACUCAAAGCUCAUUUUUGUAAUUCUGUAAUUAAAUAUUAUGAACUUGGAGGCUCAGAACAUCGUAAGAUGUUCUGGAAUCUAUGGUGUGAGAAAGUGAGGUUUUUGUCCCCCAGUGAAGAUUUCUCAUGUCUGUCAGAAACAUCAGCUGAAUCUUCGUCAUCUGAAAGCAGCCUCUAUAUCAAGUCCAAGAAACAUACAGUUUCUGAGUCAGGGAAGCACAGACUAUGGUGUCAGUUUGGAAGGGGUCAAGCCAAAGAUGAGAAUGUGACUGCCCAUGAAGAACAAAGUAUAGUGUCUGAUAACCAUGUCGCAGAACUUCUUCCAGUCAACAGAAGUGUCCUCCGAGGAACAUCAUUAACUGAAAUCCGGGUGAAUUUUGAGGAGCCAUUCCAAAAGCAGUGCAGCAAUCUGUUCCAGAAACUUUAUCCUGAGAAUUUGUCUGAAACUGCACAAAAGCUUGACGAAGACGCACUUCAGUUGUGGGAGAUCAGAAAGGCAGCAAAGAAACGCCAUUUUCGACGUUAUGGUUUUUGUGCAUAUCCAUCAUUCCUGAAUGGUUUUGCCUCUACAAAUCUGUCUAACAAUGAUUUUUACUCAGUUCAGGUGAAGCGUGCUGUAUCAGCUUUAUCACUCUCAGUAUAUAGUGAUGAAAGAGAAUUUGAGUUGCCAGUUUCCAAAUGCAGUUUAAAACUAUCUGUUUCACUGGAUGGCCUCUCUCCUGGUCCCAGGUUUUUAGAUACAUGCCACAGUCGAAGCAGGAUAUUCUUUUGGACACCGGGCUUUUAUUAUUGUCCUGUCACCUUCCAUAAAAUGUACCAAAUGCUGAGAGAACAUUUACAAAGGAUGAAUUCAUUCCUUCGUAAAAGAGCUGCAAGUGUUGAUAUUUUGAAGGAGAUAAACAGUAAAGUUGUGCAUGCUGUGGGUAGUGAAUUGGCGAAAGGUGUGGAAGAACCAAGAGAAAAUUUAGAGAGGGCUGAAGUAAAUAAUGUGGAUGGGGGUAGUUUGUGUAAUGAAGUUCGUACGUAUUGGUAUAUGAAGGAAGAGUGUGAUUUUAGUGUGACUGAUUGGCAUUGGAAAUGCCUAGAAUUUGGAUUUCAGAAUGAAAAAGGGCAAGUAAAAUUUAAAAAACUUUUAACAGGUGAAAAUCACAUUGUUCAUGCCAUAGUUACUGAGGGUUGGAGUGAGGAAGUCAAUAUGCAUAAUAGAAUUAAGGAAGUGACUGAUGCAGUCAAGGGUAUAUCAGAAGGGGAAAAGAAAGAGUUGUGUGGGUUGUUGUACCACUAUGAGGACAUAUCUCGGAUUGACCUGUUUGGAACAAAUUAUUAUGUCUGUGAUGAUAGCACUCUACAAUAUUUUAAACGGAAGCUGAAAAAGAAUCUGAAGUUAACAGUGUGGAACUUUAAUUCAACAACAUUGGCUUAUCAGCUAACUAUGAUUGAUAGAGAUCUGUUUUGCAAGAUUGAAGAAAUUGAAAUUGAAAUCUUAUUAAAGCAGCAUUCAGCCAGAAACACUCCCAACAUAGCAGCAAUCAUUGCAUUCUCUCAUAGAAUAUCUUGCCUUGUUGCUACUGAUAUUCUUGAACAACAGAAUUUAAAAACAAGAAGCCUCCUGAUUGUACGGUUCAUCAGUGUAGCACAAAGGUGUGAUACCCUUCAAAACUUUCAGUCAUGUCAUAGUGUACUGGAAGGAUUACAAAGCCCAGCCAUUCAUAGACUCCAUAAGACCUGGGAACGUGUCCGCAAGGAAUAUCCAUCAAAAUACUGCUUGUUUGAAAAGCUCUGUCGUAAACAUCGAGAUCCACGACUGCCUGCAUACCAGAAGGCAUUUUAUCAGGCUAGUCUGAAGCCUCCAUUUCUACCUUUCAUUGGAGAUAUCCUAGCAAGAGCUUUGAGAAGAGUGCCUAAUUUUCCCUUAAAACUUUUGUCAAAAUCUUCACAAGAAAGUUUUACAAAUUUCAAUGCCUCAGGAGUACAAGAAGUGGCAGCAGCUGGUACGAGGACAGUGGAUACUAGAGAUACAGCACACAGUCCUUCACGAAAAACUCGGUACAUUCAUUGUAUUCGGCAGUUCUUUUCCUUCUUCCAUAUUAUUUCAGUGGCCUCUGUUAAUUCCAUUAUGGAUAAUAGAAACAGUGAAGUUUCACAUAAUGAAUUACCUAGCCCCAGGAAAUUUGAAGCGAAUAGUAUGCAGGUGCCAAAUAUUCAGACAUGUUGCUUGCUGCCAAACAAUGGAAACGGUGAAGUUCUGUUUAAAAAUUUCAAUCCAGGAAGUAUACCAUCUGCACUACACCCCAAUUAUAGUGUGCUAAAAGUAGGUGGUGUCAUACAUUUACUAGACUGGUAUAAGAGAGGCGCAAUGGUGUAUGAUUUUACCCCUGAUAAACUUGCAAGGGAUUAUUUGUUAAAGUCUCAUUAUCAAGAGGAAACAGAGAACUACUUGCUCUCCACAAAGCUUGAAACUACAACUAACAGUGAUCAACAAUAA